CAAGCAAAUUCUAAGAAUUCUUCUAAGAAGCAAUAACGAAUAAGUUAUAAGUAGGAUGUCUGUUUUUGAUUUAUCUGACUACGAGGACGAAAGGCUAAAGGAACGUACGGGCAAGAUUGAUUUUAAAGAUUUAAAGGAUUGCAAAAAGUGCGGGAAUUUAAUUUAUCCUUGGAACUCGCAUGACUGUUCUUUAACAGAAGAUGCUGAUGAACCUGAAUUGGAUGAAGAUGCUGAUGAACUGGAAUUGGGAGUAGCAGAAGAUAAACCUGCAUUUGAUGAGGUUCAAGUUGUCAAACAUGAUGCUGCCGUAGCUAAAGUUGAUGAUGACCUUAAACUGUCCGAAGCAGAUGAUGAAUUGGGAGAAGAAGAUAAACCUGCAUUUGGUGAGGUUCAAGUUGUCAAACAUGAAGUUGCUGUCGUAGCAGCCACUCCUCCCCUAGUGGAUCAGGCUGCAAAUCCUUCUGGACGAAAUGAAUGUUCUCUGGAAAGAAGAAAGAAAUCCCUUCAUCUUUUGAAAAUUGCCAAAAAACAAAGAAAGGAGGAAAAGGCUAAAAACUUGGCGGAUUAGUGCAAAAAAUUUGAGGAUAAUUGCAGCACCGAUUCUGAGGAAGAAUUUGACAAUGUCAUGUAAAUAGGUCCUUUUUUUUGGCGUCACAUUUGUUCAAUUAAAAUUCUUUCCUCCUGUGUCUUUCAACUUGAAACUAAUAAAUAGCGAUCGAUAAACUCA